CACCCCAAAAAAAACACACAAAGAACUGGCAACUCCACACACAAUCAAUAAUUUUUUGUGCAAACAGAUUAAAAAUAGGCAUUUUAUUUUUCGCUGUGACGCUUUUUAUAAAAUUCUGUAAAAAUUAAUAAAUUAAAGAAAAAAAGAAUGGUGCGUGGCGGUAUGCGAGGCGGUCGCCCAAUGCGUGGUCCAAUUAGGCCACCAUUUAAGAAAACCUUUGUACCACGACAUCCGUUCGAUUUGACUCUUGCCGAGGUAGUUUUUCCCAAAGUGUCUCCCGCUGUCGAUGAUGGAGCUUUAACUGCGUCAUUGUUAAAGCGCAAUCAGGAUUUAAGUCCAACUCCGGCCGAACAGACUGCUGUGGGCAAUCUAGUAUCUAAAGUACAAUCUGUGCUCGAUAAUUUAAUUGUGGCCCCGGGAGAUUUUAAUAAAUGUCAAUUGGAGGAAGUUCGUCAAGUUGGUUCAUUUAAGAAGGGCACCAUGUUGACUGGCAACAAUGUGGCCGAUAUUGUUGUUAUUCUUAAAACGGUACCCUCAAAAGAAUCCGUUGAGGAAUUAGGCAAAAAAGUAGAGGCUGAUUUGAAAAAUGCCAUGAAAACUGAGGUGCUCACCAAAGCUGAUCACAUCAAUACUACCUUCCAUGAUCGUGGUUUCGACAUAUUCAAUACACAGGCUAAAGUGCGCAUACUUAUUACGACCAUACCGCAGAAUAUGAGAAAAAGUGAACCGAACAUGUUUCCUGAUCCAAAAGUAAUGCAAGCUCACUUGGCAGCUAUAAGGCACACACGUUGGUUCGAAGAAAAUGCCCAUCAUUCAUCUAUUAAAGUGUUAAUACGUAUACUCAAAGAUCUCUCCAAACGUUUUGAUGCUUUCUCUCCUCUGUCUCCUUGGAUGUUAGAUUUAAUGGCACAUUUGACUAUAAUGAAUAAUCCCUCGAGACAAGCUCUCCCCAUUAAUCUAGCUUUCAGACGUGUUUUCCAAUUGCUAUCGGCUGGUCUUUUCUUACCAGGUUCUGCUGGUAUAACAGACCCCUGUGAGCCUGGUCAUAAUCGUGUCCACACCGCCAUGACUCUGGAAGAACAAGAUUCUUGCUGCAUGACUGCCCAAACUUUGCUACGUAUUUUAGCUCAUGGCGGUUAUAAGCAAAUUUUAGGCAUGGAGGGCAAUUCUAACAUUGUUAAGGACAUGUCUGUGUGGAAUGGAGUUGUGGUAUCACCACUGGAAAGGGUCUAUGAGAAGCCUACGGACAAAAAGGAUGGCGAAGGUGAUGAAGAUAUGGAAACAGUGGAAAACGAUAAUGUCAUGGAUGAAGACUCCGGCGAUCAGUAAUAUACCAAAAACACAGCGUUUUUAUAUCUCUAUAAAGUAAAGCACUUAAAUAACCCAAUAUUUAUUUUCCAUUUAAAAGGUAUUUGAGAUUAUCAAAAUAAUACAAGCGCAAAAUUGUGUAAAUUAAAACAA